AACCAUAAACGGAGAAAUCACACUGGAGAGUGGAGAAGAAAAGUGGAUACGAUCACAUUCCGCCGGAAAAUCACUCGACCUCGCUCCAUUUUGAGCUAAUAUGUUUGUGCGAGACUGCUAAUUCGCUAUUAUCAUAGGCAGAUUUCUGUCAUUCGAUUCCUUUUGCCGAUUGAAUAUCUGAAAUCUCUUUCAAAAUAUGUGUCAAGAUUUACUCGAUUCGAUGUUUUCCUAGGCAGAGAACAUGGAAGAAAAAAAAGCGAAACGUGUUCGUAAGAAACGAUCGGGUUAUAAAAAAGGGGAAGAUGAUAUGCUGACAAACUUGCCAGUGGCCUUGCUACAUCAGAUUCUCUUGAAUCUUCCCACGAAGGAUGUGGUUAAGUCUAGUGUGUUAUCCAGAAGAUGGAAAAAUAUCUGGAAAUAUGUACCUGGGUUGGACUUGGAGUGUCGUGAUUUCUUCGUGCCUGGUUACCAGUAUUGUGAGUGUGGUGACUAUGAUGAUAUCUAUGAGUGGGAUGGGUAUGAUAAUAUCUGUGAGUGUGAGGAUUUGAGCUUCAAAGCUUUUGCGGGUUUUGUCACUAGGUUUCUGCGUUUUAAAAGCAAGUCGCGCAUACAAAAUUUUAGUUUUAGUGUUAACUGGUGUGCUGAUGUUGAGCUUGAUGUUGAUUUUUUCACCUGGUUGAUCAACGCUGUUAUUAAGCGGAAAGUGAAACAUCUCGAUCUUGUGGGCAAAACUUGGGGGCAAGAUGAAGUGGAGAUACCCAGAACAGUUUACACUUGUGAGAGCUUGGUCUCCUUAAACCUACGUGACGUAGACUUGCCUAAUCCCGAGCGUGUGUCUUUACCUUCUCUCAAAGUCAUGGUUCUAGACGAGGUUGUGUAUAGCGACGAUCGGGCUUUCGAAAUGCUGAUCUCAGGCUGCCCAGUUCUCGAAAGCUUAUCUAUAACAGUAGAUUAUUUCUAUGGCAACAAUGUCAAAACAUUUCGAGUGUGUUCUCAGUCUCUUUUGAGCUUCACUUAUGUUGGUCACGAUCUCUUUGGUAGUUUUCGAAAACUAGCUGCUGUACUUGAUGCUCCCAGACUUGAGCGGCUGAGGAUAGAUGAUCACCGAACUUCAAGUUUCAUUGUAAAAAAUCUUGGUUCCCUUGUAGAGGCGGAUAUUGAUAUUGCAUUUAACUUGAGUUCCGAAAGGAAGCUCGAUGCAGAUGAUCUACCAAAGAGAGAGAUGAUUCGUAAUUUUCUUGUCGGGAUUUCUUGUGUCAAAGAUAUGAAAAUCUCGUCGAAUACUCUUCAGGUUAUAUAUGAUUACUCAAGAUAUGAACCACUACCCCUAUUCCGUAACCUAUCUUUCUUGCAUGUUCAAUUCUCCGGCUACAGAUGGAAAAUGUUGCCAGUCUUUCUUGAGAGCUGCCUGAAUCUAAAGUCUCUUAUCUUGGGAUUUUUUUUUAAACCAUGGGAGAAGGGAGCUUGUAGUAUUGUACCUGGACAUCGGCGGUUUCUAUCAUCUCUCGAGUAUGUGAAGAUUGUAAGGCCAAUGGGAGAGGAGGCGACAGAGACUCACCUGAAACUAGUGAAUUUAUUAGAGAACUCUACAAUCCUCAAGAAACUCACACUAUGCUUAAGUGAUUUCUUCGAAGAAAAGGAAGAAACUGCAAUCAUCAAGAAACUCCUGGCCAUUCCAAGACUCUCUAGCUCAUGCGAAGUUCACAUUCUGUGAUCCUUGUAGUCUUCAAUGAUGAGCAUUACAAUAGUUGUCUUUUGAGUAAUUAAGUUAUGGUGAACUAUAUGUUUUGUGUCAUAAAUUUGAUCUAUCGUAACUUGUAAGAGAAUCAUAUGUUUUGGUAAUUUUGUCUAGAAUGAAUGUUAUUAUGC